AUGUCUAAACGGCGCAUAGAAGUCAUGGAUCCGUUCAUCAAGAAACGUAGGGAAGAGAAAGCCGCGGCGAAUUCCGCCGGGGCAGGCUCAUCGAAAUUCAACGCCGGUAGCGGAACUUCGUCGAGUUUCACCAAGCCAUCGGCAAUGUCCGCAGGACCGGUGGCCACACCGGGCGGAAAGAACCCACUGAACGGGGUCGCCUACAGCCAGAAAUACUACAAUCUGUACAAGAAGCGCAUAACGCUGCCGGUGUUCGAAUACAAGACCGACUUUAUGCGGUUGCUUUCGGAGCACCAGUGCAUCGUGCUCGUGGGCGAAACUGGUUCCGGGAAAACAACGCAGAUACCUCAAUGGUGCGUCGAGUACGCGCUGCAAACGAGCUCGAAAGGUGUGGCGUGCACGCAACCGCGCCGAGUGGCCGCUAUGUCGGUAGCGCAACGUGUCUCGGAGGAAAUGGACGUCAUGCUGGGGCAGGAGGUAGGCUAUAGCAUCCGUUUUGAGGACUGUUCGAGUCCGCGCACGCUGUUGAAGUACAUGACGGAUGGUAUGUUGUUGCGCGAGGGCAUGAGCGAUCCGAUGCUGGAAGCGUACCAGGUGAUCCUGCUCGACGAAGCGCACGAACGUACACUCGCGACCGAUCUGCUGAUGGGCGUGUUGAAGGAGGUGAUUCGUCAACGGAAGGAUUUGAAGCUGGUGGUCAUGUCUGCCACGCUAGACGCGGGCAAAUUCCAGCAGUACUUUGACAACGCGCCUCUCAUGAACGUGCCGGGUCGAACGCAUCCGGUGGAGAUUUUCUACACGCCUGAGCCCGAACGGGACUACCUUGAGGCGGCAAUUCGCACCGUCAUUCAGAUUCACAUGUGCGAAGAGAUCGAGGGCGACAUUUUGAUGUUCCUGACCGGACAGGAAGAGAUCGAAGAGGCAUGCAAGCGGGUUAAGCGCGAAAUCGACAACCUGGGCCCGGAUGUGGGCGAGCUGAAAUGCAUUCCGCUCUACUCGACGCUGCCGCCCCAGAUGCAGCAGAAAAUCUUUGAACCGGCGCCUCCGAGGCGCCCGAAUGGAGCCAUCGGCCGGAAGGUGGUCAUCUCGACGAACAUCGCCGAAACGUCGCUUACGAUCGAUGGUGUCGUAUUUGUGAUUGAUCCCGGCUUCAGCAAGCAGAAGGUGUACAAUCCGCGCAUCCGCGUCGAGAGCUUGCUGGUGUCACCGAUCAGUAAGGCUUCCGCUCAGCAGCGUGCCGGUCGUGCUGGUCGAACACGUCCCGGCAAGUGCUUCCGACUGUACACGGAAAAGGCCUACAAAACGGAAAUGCAGGACAACACGUAUCCGGAGAUUUUGCGCUCCAAUUUGGGAACGGUGGUAUUACAACUGAAGAAGCUCGGCAUCGAUGAUUUGGUUCACUUCGACUUUAUGGAUCCGCCGGCCCCGGAAACGCUGAUGCGUGCGCUCGAGCUGCUCAACUAUCUGGCCGCGCUCGAUGACGACGGUAACUUGACGGAUCUCGGUGCGGUCAUGGCGGAAUUCCCACUGGAUCCCCAGCUCGCUAAGAUGCUGAUCGCGAGCUGUCAGCACAACUGCUCCAACGAGAUCUUGUCCAUUACGGCCAUGCUUUCGGUUCCACAAUGUUUCGUCCGACCGAACGAAAUGAAAAAAGCUGCCGAUGAUGCUAAAAUGCGCUUCGCCCACGUGGAUGGUGAUCAUCUGACGCUGCUGAACGUUUACCACGCCUUUAAGCAAAACAACGAGGACCAGGGCUGGUGCUACGACAACUUCAUCAAUUACCGCUCGCUGAAGUCGGCCGACAACGUCCGGCAGCAGCUGGCUCGCAUUAUGGAUCGCUUCCAGCUGCAACGCACCAGCACCGAUUUUACCUCGCGGGAUUAUUAUUUCAACAUUCGCAAAGCACUGGUGCAGGGUUUCUUCAUGCAGGUUGCUCAUCUGGAACGUACCAAGCACUAUCAAACGAUAAAAGAUAACCAGGUGGUGCAGCUGCAUCCGUCCACCUGUCUCGAUCACAAACCGGAAUGGGUCAUCUACAACGAGUUUGUGCUCACGACGAAGAACUAUAUCAGAACCGUCACGGACGUGAAGCCUGAAUGGCUCCUCCAGAUCGCCCCGCAGUACUACGAUAUGAACAACUUCCCCCUGUGCGAGGCAAAACGCCAGCUCGAGCUGAUAUCGGCGCGCAUGGAUUCGAAGCAAUUCCAGCAAGGGUUCUAGGGUGCGUGAAUGAAGAAUGAAAUAUAUCGCAAGAAUAGCAUUAAAAGAAUGAUACCUAAGCGCUAGGUACCGCUGCCCAGGGCUUAUUGGGGAGGCGGGAAAGGAAUGAAAUGCGAAAAUGUGGCUGUACGGAGUCCAUUAUGACCCGCUGCAUUCUCCCCGGUGUGGUUUAUUCUUUCAUUUUCGAAAUUUUCACGAUUUCCACGACGAGCAGCAAUUGGGCAAUGUUUUUUAGUUUUCUUUCCUUCCCCUUCCAAAAGAGUUGUAAUAUACGAAGCAUGUGUAGCGAGA